CAUCCCAUUUAGAGAGAAAGGAUCCUUACCGAGUUUGAUGUGGAUAUACAAGAUUUCUAAAUGUAGCACAGCAGCUCCUUGAACUGGCAAGAAGUGUAAUUGGUGCUGGUUUGGAUUUUUGAUAAACCUUUGGUGACUACAUGGCUGCUUGUACUUCAAGUUAACUUUAGUCCUUGUCUUGCAGUUAUACCAUGGAAGAAGGAAAAAUAAUUUUGCAAUCAGAAGCCACACCCAAUCAGUGCAUGAAAAAUGACUUGCCCCUCCUUACUGAUGAAAAAUUUGACUUUGAUCUUUCACUGUCUCCUACAAGUGAAAAUGAAGAUGAAGUGUUUGUGGGACCAAUAAGUCACAAAGAAAAGUGCAUUGCUGUGUCUCUUGACUCCCCAAAAGAGCCUGAAGAUAAACUUACACCCUCACGUGCGGAUACAGUCACAUGGAGCCCACUCGCUGGAGAAAAAUUUGUGGAAAUUUUCAAAGAAGCUCACUUGGUAGCCCUCCAGCUGCAAAGUGGGAGCAAAAUCAAAAAGAAUGCUGGCUACCUGGAAGAAAAAAAGACUGAGAAUGUUGAAAAAUUUGUGCAAGAAUCAAGGUCAAAACUGAAAAUGCUUGAGAAAGGGUUGGAGAUAAAUAAAACUCCCAAGGAGAUAAAGAGAGAGACAUAUUGUGUAUCUGAAAGCUCAGUCUGCCAGCUCCCACCUUUACUUCAGAAACAUUCCAAGCAUCCUUUCUCAGCAAUGGGCAACUGUCCUUCUCCACAAACACCUCAAAAUACUUCUAGCCCAGGUGUAGUGAAUAAACGACCACAAAUGCCAGCUACUCCUUCAGCCCAAGGAAAGGGGGACAAAAAAGCAAAUGUAUUUCAGACUGGAAGAAAAUCAACUGCAUUUGGCAAUAACAAUUGCUUAGCGGCAGGACAGCUAAGACAAGGGAAACUACAUAGCAGUUCCAGCAGGAAUUAUUUGAACAGUAUGGGGUCAUCUGAAGACCUUCUGUCCGACAGAUCGAGUAUUGCUUCCGAUGCAGGAGACGUGACCUCCUGUAGCAAUUCUUUGGUCCAAGACAAGCGCAAUCUUCCCACUCCUAGCAAGCUGGGGAUAAAUAUGAGGCCACUGAAACCUAAUGUCCACAUGCGGAGAAACACGUCUUCGUCAUCGUCCUCUCUUUCCAGCAUGAACUCAAGUUUGAAUUCAAGUUUGUCCAUCUCUCCUAAAAGAGGAAAUGGUGUUGCUUCAAAAGCUCCUGCAAAGGGUUCUCGGCUCUCCUCUAGUACAAGCAAGAGUUCAGUGGUGAGACCCAUGAAAGCGUUAUCCACAGUUUCCCAUUCUGAGGCAUCUGGAAAGCAUCAAAGAUCUACAGGUGCGGCUACUAAAGGAAGUCCUCCUGUCAGCUCACCGAAGCAUAAAGGUACUCGCACAUCUGAAACUUCAGGCAGUGGUAUUCCAAGAGAGGGCUCCGAUCAGAAUCUUCAGAAACUGUUACGGAAAAGCAUAACAGGGAGCACAAGAUCAUAUUCAAGUCCAAUGCUCAAAAGUAAAACGGUGCCUCCAGUCUUGAAGGAAGAUAAACUUUCAGGAAAUGUAGCCGCCAGAGUACUGCAACCAUUUGAGUUUGGAAGCAAUGUUGCGCUUACCCCUCGCGUCAAACAAUCAGAAGACUGCACAGUGUCGAAUUCUAUUUUUACUGCAAAAGCUGCUUUAAGGACUCCAGCCUGCAAUAGGCAGUCCGGACUGCCUACACCCGUUGGUCGGCGUAUGUCGGGAAUUCCAACGUUGACCCCCAAAACUGUGUCCAGAUUGACAUCUUCUCCCAGACCUGUAGCUCCGUGCCAAGUCUCCAGUGUGCCUUCUAAAAAGACUGCAGCCGCUAGUUCAAAAUGGGUAAAGGAGAAAAAAACCCAGAUGACUUCUAGCUCAUCUUCUACGGAGGAAGACUCGUCUCUGCAAGUUGUACCAAUUGCACUUAAUUUUUCACCAGAGCAGCCUUCAGUAGAAAAAGAACCAGACUUUUCUCUAAAAGAGAAAUCAGCUGAAGAAACAGCAUCUAAAGAGUGCUUACUGAUCGAUAUUGGAAUAAAUGAAACACCUGUUGCAAUCCAGGAAUGUGAAAACAAACCUCUAAUUGAUCUCUUUAACACUCCUGAAGCUAAAGUUCCUGUCCUGAAGACUACAGGACUGCUAAUAGAUUUGAGCUCUCCUCUCAUCAGACUGAGUCCUGAAGGAAAUAAAGAAAACUUGGAUUCUCCUCUUCUGAAGUUCUGAUCUUGUGAACUACCUUUCAAACUGGAAUUUUUGUAUGUUUGAUAACUAGUACGUCUCACUGGGCUGUGGGCUGGAAAAAGACUUGAAAUUGCAUGAAACUUUAACUGUGAACCUUUGAUACAACGGAGAGUCAAGUGAAUUGUAAAAUUGUUCAAAACAAAUUCUAGAAGUUUCUCUAAUGUCGUAAACUAUAAUAAAGUAUAGAUUUUAUAUAUUAAUAAUGCAUGUUCAUAUAAUAUUGUGCAAGAUCCACUCUAGAUGAAGAAGAUAGCCACAAAUAAAAUCCAGCAGACUGGAAAUGUGAAUAUUUGUUGAACAUUGUGGACUCCAGAUUGUGACUAAAUAACUAUCAGAGUAGCCUGUUGAAUGCUCUGACAGUAUUCUGUAAAGGUUACUUGAAGCAGAAUUAAUCUGUCAUAUUGUAGUGUUUAUACCAUUCAAUUUCCCAUAAAACAAAGCCUUCUAUAACACUGCCUACAUUGCUCAUAAAUCAAAAUUCUGGACAAGUUGGGAAGCUUUGAUACAAAAGAAGGUCUUGUUCGUAUGAGUAUAAGCAUUGGAGAACAUCCAAUAUUGGUCUGAUUUAAGAACCAUUAAUUUCAGUGUGUUAAGUAGGACCAAUGAGA